AUGGCGAUAAAUGUGAAUUUAAUCCAGACCAAUGGAGAGUACACUUCUCUCCUUAGGAGACUUAAGGAGAACUCGCAGCUUCAGAAGCGGGGACAAAAGGGCAAAGUGGGAUCCUGGAAUCCAAAGGAUGAGACUUUUCAGAAGGAGAAGAUGCUGACAGAUCAAAGACCAAAUGAAACGAGGAUUAAAAAGAGGGCAACCAGACAAGAGGAAGUUGCUGGAAUCCGGGCAAAGUUCCCAAACAAGAUCCCGGUGAUAGUGGAGCGCUAUCCCAGGGAAAAGUUCCUGCCUCCGCUGGACAAGACCAAGUUCCUGGUCCCUCAAGAGCUGACCAUGACCCAGUUCCUCAGCAUCAUCCGGAGCCGCCUGGUCCUGGGGGCCUCUGAAGCCUUUUACUUCCUGGUGAACAAUAAGAGCCUGGUCAGCAUCAGUGUGACCAUGGCAGAGGUCUACAGGGACUACCAGAAUGAGGACGGCCUCGUGUACGUGACCUACGCCUCCCAGGAGAUGUUCGACUGCCUGGGCUCCGGGAAGACCCUGCCGUCCUCUGCAGAGCAUGUCUAG